AUCUUUCAAUCUCAUCGGUAUAUUCUCCUAAUUAUUUAAUCACCCUUUGUCUUUAUACAAUCUUUAGCGUUGUUGUGUAGUUGAAUUCUAAGUCGAAGGCCGUUUAUCAUUCUCAUCGCUCUUUCUCUCCCUCGCCAUUUUCAUCUUCAGCAUCUGAGUUUUUCCUUUUGAACAAGUGAAUGAAAACCGAACCCCUUCACCUUUCCAACAUUCUGUACUCACCCAUCGAUCCACAUUAUUAAUAUUAUCCAUAUCUACCGACAAUGGACACAGUUCUGGUACCUCCUUGGCUGGAACAACUUCUUCACACACCUUUCUUCAAUGUUUGUCGAAUUCACGCAGACGCAGCCAGGAGUGAAUGUAACAUGUUUUGUUUAGAUUGCAAUGGCGAAGCCUUCUGUUUUUAUUGCCGUUCUUCUCGACACAAAGAUCAUCGAGUCAUUCAGAUAAGAAGAUCUUCGUAUCAUGAUGUAGUGAGGGUGGCUGAAAUUGAGAGGGUGUUGGACAUAAGUGGAGUGCAGACAUAUGUGAUAAACAGUGCUCGAGUUUUGUUCUUGAAUGUGAGGCCACAACCAAAAUCUGGGAAAGGAGUAGCUCACAUUUGUGAGAUUUGUGGAAGAAGCCUCUUGGACCCAUUUCGCUUCUGUUCUUUGGGAUGUAAGCUUGAAGGAAUAAAGAAAAAUGGGGAUGCAAGCUUUGCUUUGGAUGGUAGAAAUGAAGAAUUGACAAUGGAGACUACCACCACUACCACUACAUCAACUUCAAGAGGAUCAGUCUCAUCAAAUAAGCAAGAAGAAGGAUUGCGUGAAGGUUCAACACAAGACAUGUAUCAAGUCACACCUCCUUCAAACGCAAGGAGAAGAAAAGGAAUUCCUCAUAGGGCACCCUUUGCCUCCUAAGGAUGCUUAUUCAUAUUCUCCAAUAUUCAACUUCAACUUCGUCUCCUCACCACAUAAAUUUAUAUAUAUAUUUUUACUUGUAAUAUAUAAUACAGCACUCUUUGGUGAGAAACCUCGUGAUUGUAAAUUUUUUCAAUAAAGAAAUGGGAGGCUUUGGAGGGGGGUUUGCCCAAGGUCCGUGAUAAGGGAAAAAAAGAAAGGGUAUAUAGGAAAGUUCCCUCUUUUCGGGUCCAAGAAAAAACCCCUUAUGAAGAUUCAAUAAUGCAAUUUGUUUAAUGUUUAAUUGUUGUGGGUGUAUGCGUAAUUAAGGAAUAAAAGGGCAUGUCUUUGGGAAGUCCGUUUUAUAGUUUUCAAUGACCCACCAUCCACAUGGGUCGUUUACAUAAAGAUAACCAUAGCUUUUUAUUUUUUAGUGUGUAUAUUUUGUAUUUUAUUUUACUUAUUAAUUUGUGUGCAUGUAAAGUAAUGGGGACAAAUUAACUUUCUAUUUAUCAUUUCCAAUUUUGGAGAGCUCAAUGAGUUGGCCUCACUUUCUCUCCUUUUGCCCUACAUAACCUCCUAAAAAUACGCCCUCUGCUUUUCUCUAUAUUCCUUCGUUAAUUUCUUUCCUUCUUUCACUCAUUCUUUUAACCCUCCAAAAAUGUGAAUGAUUAGUUCUGCUUAUAC